UGUCAACACACUCCAAAUGACGGCCAUGACGACCGAGGCAUCAACGUCGACCAUCAAGCGCUACAGGCCAUACUUCCAUCCGGUCGAGGUCGAGCGGCUGUCAGCCAAGCAGCGCGGCAAGCUCAGCGUCUCGCGCGAGGAGAGAGCGCGACAGCAGGCGUGCGCGUUACUCGAUGCCGUCGGCGUGCGCUGCGGCUUCCCGCGGCGAACGAUCGCAACGGCACAGACGCUGUACCUCCGCUUCCACCUGUUCUUUCCUUACGCCGACUUUCACUAUGUCGAAGUAGCCCUCACGACCCUCUACGUCGCAUCCAAGCUCCACGACACGCUUAAAAAGCCCCGAGACAUCAUCCUCGCGUCGUACGCGCUGAGAUUCCCCCAUCUCGUACGCAAGGGCGGCGCGGGAGGAGGCCACGUCGACAUGACGGCAGUCGACACGCAGAUGCUCGAGCACGAGCGGAGACGCGUCCUCAAUAUCGAGCGGCUAGUCCUCGAGACCAUGUGCUUUGCGUUUGGUGUCGCCGUGCCGUUCCCCUUUGUUGUCAAGUUUGGCAAGAAGCUUGGGCUCGGCAAAGACACUGUGCAGGCAGCAUGGCGCGUCGCGGUCGACGCUCAUCGCACACCAGCACCACUGUCAUACCCCCCACACGUGAUUGCCCUAGGUUCAUUGUACGCGUCUGCGCUGCUCUCAAGCGGCACAACCAAGCCCCACGAGGGCAAGGUCGACGACGCGGACGGCAAACGCGUUAUCGCGCUGCUAGGGUCUGAGGGGGCGUGGGAGAAGGACUAUGCGGUCAGCGUAGGCGAUGUAGAUGAGGUGGCCCACGCCAUCCUGGACCUGUACAUCACGAUCCUGUCGACGCCGGCCAACGACCCGUCGCUGCAGCUCUUCUCGCCGUCGCCCGCCUCGCCAAGAGAACAGGCCCCGUCGCCGGGCGUCUCGGCGCCAGCGGCGGCGCCGACGACCAACACGGCGUUCAAGCUCCCCCGGCCGUGGACGGUCCAGUCGCUCACCGAGCUCAAGAUCCACCUGCGCGAGCGGCGCCCGGGGGCGAUCGCAUCGUGGGAGGAGCUCGAGGACGACGCUGCCGACGCCGACGCGGAGGGCAUGGGGCGGAACGACUUGACUGUGCGGUUCGUGUGGGACGGCCCUGCGUGAGGCGCGCGCUGGGGUGCGUAGUCUCGCGUUGUGGCGACGCAUGCCGCGGGUGAUCCGUCCUUGGUACUGACCACAUUAUUUUCAUCUGCAAACCCACCCCGAGGCCGUUGGACCGCAUGCAGUGCAUCGAU